UUCUCAUGAGAUGCUCUCUGUCACCGCGUCACUGCCACUCUCAGGUUGAUUACCUCUUCUAUUGCUUGAUCUUUCACUUCUCCAUGCGUUGACUUCGCUGCCGCACCUUGCAAGCUAGGCCAACUGCGCGACCUUUCAUUCUUCACUUCACCAUAUUGUCCCUAUUCACGACUUUGGUGUCGAUUGUCGCCCUUCCUUUAUCGACAAUCGCACUGGCCCGUCCUUGAUACCUGACCUUGUCAUUAGUUUUCAAUAAACUAGAACCAGUGCCGGCAACACAGGUCUUACCUCUUCUUCAGUCCCAUCCAUUCGACUCAAAUACCAUUGCGCGUCCGGGGAACCAUUGAAAGAUAACACAAGGAUCCCAUGAUGGAUCAUUCUCACCAGCAUUUCCACGACAAGAUGGUAGAACUGGCAAGGCGGCAAGAAGCUCUCAGCACAGAAGGAGGCACAGUCUACUCCGUCGUCUAUGUUACUGCGCAGCCAACUUUUACUGGUGUCAUUGGAGGCUAUACAACUUUGACGGAUGGCUCUGCCAGUGCACCCGCUGUGGCCACAGCUAGUGCAGCUGCUUCUGCAGCCUCUUCGGCCUCAAUCGAGUACAGUACAGCUCCCACAGAGACUCUUGUUGCGUCAACUGCCGCAAACGCCGCUGCUUCAGUCACCGCUUCGGAUUCGGUUCUGAGUGCAACUCCGAGCACCACCUUCUCACCAAAUAAUGUCGCCGAAGGCACCGUUGCAGGUGCUUCUACUACAGCCGGCUCUUCUUCGUCAGACUCGACAAGCACUUCCAGCAGCGGAAUGUCAACCGGCGCGAAAGCAGGUAUUGCCAUUGGCAUUAUCGCAGUCAUUGGCGUCCUGGCAGUCCUUCUACUCUGGCUACUCGGGAAGAAGAAGAAAGAGCGCGAAGCCCAAGCAAACAAGGACAAUGAGAAAUCAGCUUACACAGCUGGCGCUCCUCCUGCCACUGAAAUGGUCAAUCGAAGUCCGACUGUUUCCAGCGCUAUUGCUCCCCGCCUAAGCCUGCGACCCGUCUCUCGAAUGUUGCCCGAAUUCACUCAGCCGUCUAGAGGACGACUCAGCGGCGGCAACCUGUUGAAAACCGUCGGAGAGUCAGGCCCUGCUUCAGCUCGAAAUCUCAGUCCUUCGCCUCAACCACGCGGACCAAGCCCUACUCCUAGACCAACGCAACGGGAGAAUCCCUUCGCUGAUCCACAAAAUCCUUUCGCUGACCCCGAAAAGCCACUCGCGGCUCCGGUGCACGCAGCACCAACACACUUUGCUGUUUCUACACCUCCCGCUGGACCUACUCCUGUGGCUCCAAUUGUUGCUGCUGCUGGCGCGUCUACUGCUGAUGCUGUUGCGUCACAAGCCGGCUCAGAUCCUAUCCCAACGCCUGCUCAGAUUCAGGCACCCGCCCCAGCUCCUGAAGCCACAUCUGCCCUGGCGGCGGAGCCUGCCAUUGUAGCUGUACCCGGUCCUCAGGCUGCUCCAAAAGAAGCUCCGCCAUCUACGCCAGUUGCUGCGGUCGCAGGCGCGGCAGCUGCGAAUGCUUCUCCAGCCAAUGAACAAUCUCAAGGAAAUGUCUAUCGCGUUCUCAUGGACUUCGCGCCUUCAAUGGACGAUGAACUCGAACUGAAGAAUGGUCAACUCGUUCGAAUGCUUCACGAGUAUGAUGACGGAUGGGCUUUGUGCAUCAGACUUGACCGCUCUCAACAAGGUGUGGUUCCACGAACGUGCCUCGCCAACAAACCAUCCAAGCCAAAGCCAUCUCAUCUCAACCAAUACGCUCGACCAAUGGCACCAGGACAAGGGCCCAUGUCUCGCCCUAUGUCCCCUGCUGGAACUCCUCGCAGCCAAAACUUCAGCUCUCCUCGAUCUGGCAUGGUCCCUCCUCAACGUCCAAUGUCUCCUGCGAGCAGGUCUAUGAGCCCUGCUGGCCCUCCUCGGCCCAUGAGUCCGGCGGGAGGUCCUCGACGACCAAUGUCUCCUGCAGGAAGAUCGAUGAGCCCUUCACGUGCGAUGAGCCCAGGUCCCGGACACUUCAACCAAGCUCCUCGACCACUCUCCCCUGGUCCUCGACCUCAACAAAAACGCAGCAUGUCGCCUGGCCCGUCCAGAUCGUCCCCAAUGGCCGAUGUGACUCGACGACGAAGCAACUCUGCCAGUGUUGUCCGAGAAAAGCGCAACUCACCCAUCGGACCAUCGAAACUCGGCCCUGGUACAUCGGCACCGGGAACUGCUUUGUAAAUGUCCUUUGGUGUCGGCACCCAUCUCAUGUGGAUAAAGUACUCGCCUUUCCUCAACCACGAAACGAACGUGCAAAUGCUUUUUAUACCUGGUGGAAACAUGUGCUCUACGAUUUUCAGCUUCUCCGGCGAUUGUGCGACAAGGCUUAUUUCCUCCUUUCUUGUCUCUUAGUUUUUUUUACUACAAUAUUCUCACUUCACUUGCUUACCUUAGCUAUUGAGCCGACAGUAGUUUGCAAAUGGGAACAAGUGUCUUAUUGAGGGCUGUGCAAUUCACUUCGGAAGCGGGUGUCAACAGGAGCAAGAAGAGAAUGGGGCAUGAAAUCAUGCCAGGAUAGAUAGCUAAGAUAAUGCUCAAUGCUCAUGGUGAUAUUGAUUUCUG